AAUUACAUCAACACUAUUAAUAUUUGAAUUUAAAUCAUUUGAGUUUUCUGCGAUUUCUCAGAGAAGCUAUGCAUCGUUCCCAGUCCCUUACGAAGAACUUCUGCAAUAAAAUUCUUCGCCUCGACAACCACGGACACGAAAUAGAAAAAUUUUCAAAACAGCUACAUCGCCCCUGCGACGUCUUCAUAAACCAUCGAGGAAUUGAUACUAAGAGAACCAUUUCUGGGUUGCUCCACAACCAUCUUUACCGCCUAGGGCUCAACCCGUUUUUGGAUAACAAGAACAUGAAGCCCGGUGAUCGGCUAUUCGACAAAAUCGAUGAUGCUGUUCGACACUGCAAGGUCGGUGUUGCUGUCUUUUCCCCGCAUUAUUGUGAAUCAUACUUCUGUCUACUCGAGCUGGCUCUGAUGAUGGAAACUAGAAAGAGGGUCAUUCCAAUCUUCUGCGACAUGAAACCGUCUCAGCUCGAGGUUAAGGACAACGGGUCUCGUACGGUAACGGAGCUACAGCGGUUCGAGUGGGCCCUCGAGGAGGCAAGAUACACCGUCGGUCUCACAUAUGACACAUUAAAAGGGGAUUGGUCUGAAUUCUUGACGAAGACUACAGAUGCAGUGAUGAAGAACUUGCUGGAGGUUAAUGGGAUUGAAGAAGAAGAGUACAUACGGAUUAUGAAGCUGAUGUAUAUGAGGAAUCCAAAAGCAUAUCGCUCAAUAUCGAGGCUUAACUGCUGAUAAAAAUGGUGUCAAGGCUUAAUUAACUAAUUGGGUGAAUAAGCAAGAUUUCUAAUCAAUUUUUAUUUUUGCAAAGGAAUUGAAGUGUUCUUCCUGCACUCUGGGCAAUUUGAGAUUAGUGUAGGAUGAACAAAUAAGUCAAAGUGAU